CAUGUAUGAAGUUAUGAAAAUAUUUCCUUGAGUUUCUGUAACUUUUCCGUCCCUGUGAGUCCAGAGCCACGGCCAUAUCUUCGCGUCAUUAUAUCUGUAUUUGGCCUGCAAGGCUUACCGAAACCCACCAGUGCCGACGCAGAUCUUCUAUUUACAUUGGAAACCGUUAAGCACAUUCGCAGUUGGUUUGUUGAUCAUUAGGUUUCUCUUUUGUCAGCUCAGGUUACCAAUACAAUCUUUGCGUAGAUGUCAAUUAACAAGGACAUUGUUACUUUGAAGGAUCCUUUUAGUGAAGAGUUGCCUCAGUACAUACAUAUAAAUCAGAAUGAGUUUUUCAUGCGAAGGCACAAAAAGCAGAAGGAGGAGGAUAUUGCUAUAUGUGAAUGCAAAUAUGAUGCUGAUGACACUGACAGUGCAUGCGGGGAUAGCUGCUUGAAUGUUUUAACCAGCACAGAAUGCACCCCUGGUUAUUGCCCUUGUGAUAUCUUGUGCAAAAAUCAGUGGUGCUCAAGAAUGCCGUUGUAGAACGUUUUUGAACCUUUGAAUUUAUUUUGGACGAGGCCAAUAUCAAUUACUAUAUUCAUGUUCCAUAUGUCAUGGUUACAGAAAUUUCAGAAGUGUGAAUAUGCUAAAACAAAGUUGUUUAAAACUGAAGGCCGUGGAUGGGGUCUUUUGGCUGAUGAGGAUCUUAAGGCAGGACAAUUUGUCAUCGAAUACUGUGGAGAAGUUAUAUCAUGGAAGGAAGCCAAACGUAGAUCUCAGGCUUAUGAUGAUCAAGGCCUUAAAGAUGCAUUUAUCAUUUGCCUUAAUGCAUCUGAAUCUAUUGAUGCAACCAGGAAAGGAAGCCUUGCUAGAUUUAUAAAUCAUUCCUGUCAACCGAAUUGUGAGACGAGAAAAUGGAAUGUGUUGGGGGAAAUAAGAGUCGGAAUAUUUGCAAAACAUGAUAUUCCUAUUGGAACUGAAUUAGCUUAUGAUUAUAAUUUUGAAUGGUUUGGAGGUGCAAAGGUUCGUUGCCUAUGUGGUGCACUCAAAUGUUCAGGGUUCCUUGGAGCAAAAUCUCGUGGUUUUCAGGAGGAUACUUAUCUAUGGGAAGAUGAUGAUGAUAGGUACUCUGUUGAGAAAAUUCCUGUAUAUGAUUCUGCAGAGGAUGAACCAGUGUCAAAUGUUAAUGGACGAACUGAAUCCUCUUUAGAUGUGAUGCUUAAAGCUGAGCAACUAUCUGAGUCCACUGGUUUCAAUGUUCAGUCCCUUGAUUCAGUUCAGAUGAAAGAUUUAGAUGUCAAAAAGAUUAAAACUGAAGUAGCAGAUGAGGAUAUGCACUUGUACUCCCACGAUACUGAACAGGCGCUUUCACAAAAGAAUGCAAUGAUAUCACGAAUCCGAGGUAAUGCUGCAGGCAGAAACUAUCACAUUGGACCUAGGUCCAUGUCUACCAAAAGAUCAAGGGCAUAUAAUGGCGGAAGGUUUAAAAAUCUCGUAGAGAAGAAAAUUGAUGCCAAGUUUGCUGCUGGCCUCCUAGCAUCCAAGGAAGCACAAGAAGAGAUUUUACAUUGUGAGAAAAUAAAGGAUGAUGCUACAUCUACUCUUGAUUCCUUAUACGAUGAAAUACGGCCUGCUAUUGAGGAACACGAGAGGGAUAGCCAAGACAGUGUAUCCACCACUGUCGCAGAGAAGUGGAUACAGGCUUGCUGCCUAAAAUUGAAGGCUGAGUUUGAUCUCUACUCGUCAAUUGUGAAAAAUGUUGCUUGCACUGCGCAUAGGCCACCUGGACAACCAAAACCUACUGAAGUAGAUAAUGAAAACGAAAUUAAGUUCUUGACAGGUUGAAUUUCUCUUUUCAUUUUUUCCAAUCUGUAAUUUUCAACGUCACUGAAUAUGUGGUCAAAUUUGGGGGAACUUCUUUUUAAAAUUCAUUAAAUUGAGAAUCCAAGACUCGAUGAAUAAAUCUUUUCAAUAUUUAUUUGUUA